GCUUAAAAAAUAGGGAAGUCGUCUGUCGGAAGGGAAAUAACCGAGUAUUUCUUUGGAAUGCCGAUCCCGAAUAUUUUCAUAGCGGCAAAAUGUCAACAACAACGGAAGAGAAUGAUGAGGAUGAAAUAUCGAUUGAACCCUCUAGGGCUUUUACAGAGGCACUUGUUGAACAAGUAAACAAAGAAGAUGUACAAUCCAUGGUACAGCUUCAACGAGACAUGUUGGCUAGAUAUGAGAAAACCAAUGAAAUGUUAAUCAAUUUCAAUAUGCUGUCAUCCGCCCGUUGUGAGGCAACAACACAAGAAUUCCGACAACAUACCCAAGUUCUUGGACAAAUGAAGGCAGACCUAGAUAUCAUCUUUAGGAGAAUAAGGACCUUGAAACAAAGGCUGGGAACCUUAUAUCCAGAGGCAUUUGCUGCAUGUAGUGAUGUGUACAAUAUACUGGAAAACAGCGAAGAAGAAGAUCACGCAGAGAAAUGUCCAGUGAAAGUUAGUGUUACUGACACUACAGAAAAUAAACAGGACUCAGAACAACUACAGAACGGUGCCAAUAAAUUAAAUACAGAACAUAUACCAACGGACCAAGCAGAGCUUAGUGAACAAUUCAAGUCAAACUGUGCAGUGAAAAAUACUGAUUCAGUGGAGGAAAAUGGUAUCAAUGAAGCUUCUAUAAAUGCUGAACAGUCAGAUGAAAAGCUAUUAUCAAAUGAAACAGAUUCUUCUCCAAGCAUAAUAAAAGAACUGAAAAGUGGUGGAUCAAACCAUAAACCAAGUGGCGGUGACAGUUUAGAAAAUGGUACAUGAGAAAAAAAGAAGAUGUGUUCCUCUUGCUUUAUUUUAUUGUUAUAUCCGUUCAAUAUAUUGUAUUUCAUGUAAAAUAAAUAUUUGCUUUAUAGUUACAACAAA